AUGUCUCAAGUUUCAAUUACCAAUCUGAGUUUUAGAACUACGCCAGAUGACUUGUACAGAGCUUUCAGUCCAUUUGGUGAAUUAACAGAGUGCAGAUUAGUUAUAAAUGAACGUCAAGAAUCAAAAGGAUAUGGUUUUAUAUCAUACAAAAGUUCGUAUUGUGCAUCUCAGGCUAUUGCAGCUAUGAAUGGCUUCAAAAUGGAUGGAUGUAAUAUAGUAGUUAGUUUAUCUCAUUCUCGCAAAGGAGAAAAAAAUACAAAUCCGAAUCAAUUAGAUGAUGCUCCACGAGAUGGAGAUAGCAGACCAAUGUACAAUAGGCGUAAUUGA